GCAAUUAUUUGAUUCAACACUGUUGCGAUUUCUUACAAAACGAAAGAAGCUUCCUACGAACACGAAUUUUAGCUAAAUGGGUGGAUCAGAGUCCAAGGAGGAGACAUCAAAAACCAACAAAUUUGUCUUAGUCGGAUCAAGUGGCUGUGGGAAAUCUGCCUUUGUCAACGCCGUAAGAAGCAUCGACAAUGAAGACUGGCAAGCGGCAGGGGUCGAUAUUGUGGAGGAGAAAAGAGAGCUAAAGGAAUACAUUCAUCCAAAUAAUCCUCUAAUCAGCUUCUGCGAUUUGCCGGGUUAUGGCACACAACACUAUCCCACAGUUGAAAUGUAUUGGAAUAAUUUCAAUUUGGAACAAUUUGACAAAUUUCUGAUUUUCAUCUCACUCAGAGUCACAAACCUUGAUCUCCAUAUGAUUCAGAAAGUCAAAUCUGCCAAAAAGUCAUUGUUUAUUAUUCGUACAAAAAUUGAUAUUGAAUACAUGGUGGAAAAAGAUAAAAGCCAAUUUAAUGAGAAUGCUCUCAUCGAAAAAAUCCGGAAGUACAUACUUAAUGAAACCAAUCUCACACGUAAAGAGAUAUUUCUUAUCAGUAACUAUCGUCCAAGCAAUUGGGACUUCCUUAAAUUAAUACAGGCAAUGGAAGGCGUGUUACCCAGGCCUGAGAGAGGGAUAUGGUCACAUUUCUUUGUUAAGACUAUGGCGAAAUUUUCCGAUGCUUUCCAGGGCAACGCGAUUGAGGCUGCAGAGAAACUGAUUAAAGACCUUGAUGAGUGGAAGGAUGUCAAAAUAUCCGUCGCAGUUAUCGGAAAAAAUGGUUGCGGCAAAUCAAGUUUCAUAAACGCAAUUAGAAAAGUCGACGAUACCGACAAGACUCAUGCAGCAAAAACGGGAAUAGUCGAAACAACAACGAUUCCGAUGAAGUAUUUCUAUCCAAAUAAUCCCAAUAUAACACUAUGGGAUUGUCCAGGUAUCGGUUCGAUUGCACUUUCCAAACUUGACGACUACAGCGAAAGUAUCAAAAUUAUGGAGUAUGACGCGUUCAUCAUUAUGACCUCUGAACGGUUUGGAAAGAUUACUAAGGCUUUAGCAGAAAAACUUAAAUCAAUUAACAAGCCUUUCUUUUUUACCCGCACAAAAAUUGACAACGACGUCAAGGAUAACGCAGAAAGAAGAAACAUUGCAGAAACAAUAACACUGCAAACUAUUAAAACAGACUGUUCUAAAAGCUUAAAACUGGCGAAUGCGCCACUUAAUGACAACGACAUUUUUCUCAUCAGUAAUCACAACCCAGAUAAAUGGGAUUUCGCCCGACUCACAACAGCAAUCAACGAUCAACUUCCCUCUCGUGUGCGAGAGAGCUUUCUUUUCACCGUGGCUGUGUUUUCUGAAGGUAUUUUAAGACGAAAAGUUGAAAAACUUAAAGAUCGAAUAUGGAAGGUUGCAGCAACACAAGCAUUAAGAUCAUUGGUUCCGAAAAUACUAUUGUCUGAAGACGAGUACAGUAUCAUCAUUGAGGAGGUGAAAUUCUACAGAUCUGAACUUGGAUUACCCGAGAGUCCCGAAGGCCAGGAAGCGAUCAAAAAAUUUUACUUGCAGCCUAAUACUGACGUGAAACGCUGGUUAGAAGGUUUCGACGCACAUUGUGGUGUUAAUUUAGGUGAAACAAACUUCACAUUCCUGUCUCGUUCAAUGAAGAAUGUCCUGGUCGAAAUGGAAACGGGUGCUCUAAAACUUCUUAACAAAACCGUUGAAGAGGCCACAAACCAAGCUUGAAAAUGAACAAAAAACAGCAAAACUUCUAUGUAUUGUUUUAAAUCACGAAACCUGAUAUGUAUGUCAUUCAUGAAUACAGAUUUAGCAGUUUAGGACAAUAAGAACUAUAAACGGACAUAAUUUAAAUGCAUAAUAUUUCUCGUUUCUGUGUCUAUAAUGAAUAGUUAAACAUUGUUUCCUCACAACAAUAUAUGUUCACAAUGUUUGAAAUAGUUUUAGAAACGAAGUGUUUUAAAUCUGCGGUAUAACUCUAAGUAUCU